AUGGCGCUCAAUAUGGACGACCUAAUCGGGUCGAUGCAGCACUCGAUGCAUGCUGGCGAUCGAGGUCACGAGCUGCACGAGAUCCGCGAGUCUCUCAAAGCCUCUCUGCCCGCGCAGCAUGGCGCUGGGCCAUCACAGCCAGCGCAGCCAGCGCCACGGCGGACCUUUGCGCCUCAGCCCGGCAAUAGCUCGUUGGACGCCGACGUUGCGAUGCUCUCCUCCUCGUCGUCGCAACAACAAUCCGGGUAUGGUGGCCAAUUCUUUGGUGGCGGCGCAGGGUCAUGGGGGAGUCAAUCGUCGGGUAGCUCUAGCGGAGUACCAGCCCAAGGAGGAUGGCGAUUCGCACCUGCACCAGCAAACACACCGCAGCAGACACCCGUGGAAACCAGCGCGCUCGCAAGACAACUCCAAGCGGAACUCGAGAGACAACCGCAGUGGGGCCAACCGAUCUCACCGCCAUCCCAACAACAUGGGUACACCACACAACCGAACGGGUACGUCUCACCAGACCAUCCGCCAGGUCGAACAGCGGGCGUGGGAAACGAGAACGGCGACGCACCACGCAGCUUCGUAAACGGCUUCGACCCUACUGCGCGGGACGACUCGGCAACACCCACAGGCAAUCUCAGCCCUCGCCUUCGUAACGCUACUCCACGCUAA